UCGAGUAGAAGAGCGACACCUCAACUUCUCUCCAACUCCGCUGAAUAUCCCCAUCGAGAAACAUGUGUCGAGUGUCCCAUAAGAGAGGCGAUCGUCGCUUGUCAUCGGCUCCAGCGAGCGAUGAAAAAUCUAAGAUGGCAUCGUCCUGUUGGACUAGCUGGGUGAUUGCAGUUACUGCAUUGAUCUGCUACGCAAACAGUCUCACUUGUGGUUUAGUAUUCGAUGACAAACCAGCCAUAAAGGACAAUAUGGAUCUGAGGCCCGAUGUACCAUCAAACAUUCUUUACAAUGAUUUUUGGGGAACACCUAUGAAUAGGGAAGAAAGUCACAAGUCUUACCGGCCCUUAUGUGUACUGACAUUUCGCCUGAACUAUUUGCUGCAUGGGCUGAACCCUUUGGGAUAUCAUACGGUAAAUGUGAUUCUCCACGCUGCAGUGUGUCUCCUUUAUCACAGAUUAUGCGCAGAAUUUCUUCCAAAGGGUCCCAGCUUCGUAGCCGCCAUGUUGUUUGCAGUUCAUCCUGUUCAUACUGAAGCUGUAACAGGCGUCGUGGGCCGGGCAGAACUCCUGUCGUCCAUAUUUUUUCUCUCAGCGUUGUGGAGCUAUAUCCGAUCGACGCGUCAAAAGGGUCCUAAUGAUUACAAAGCCCUAUUGCAGUUUCUUAUUUUGGUUGCUUUGGCAAUGCUCAGUAAAGAGCAAGGAAUAACUGUUGUAGCUAUUUGUGUUACUUACGAUAUUCUACUCAUACAAAAGACUUCUCCACCUCCCCUUAUACCGGAGCGAGCGCCUCGGGGGAAAAUAAAAGGACCCACACCGACUUGGAGGAAAGAUUUAGUUCUAAGGUUAUUGGUGAUCGUGACAGGUACCACUUGUUUGCUCUUCGCUAGAAUGAAACUCAUGGGAGCGAGGCUUCCAGUUUUUAACAGGUUUGACAAUCCUGCCGCUUCAGAAGACUGGCCUACACGGCAUCUUACUCAUCAUUUCUUAGGAUGCCUGAACGCCUGGAUUCUUCUCUUCCCGGCAAAUUUGUGCUGUGACUGGACAAUGGGUACCGUACCACUGAUCACAUCUUUUAGAGAUUUUCGGGUUUUGGCCACUAUUUUCUUUUAUGCUGUGAUAGGUAUGCUCAUCUGGAAAAGCUACCGUUCGGAUUAUCGUAUUUCUAGAAGAGUUAUCAUGGGUUUAUCUCUAUGUGUUUUUCCGUACCUUCCUGCUUCCAAUCUUCUAUUUCCAGUCGGUUUUGUGGUUGCCGAGAGAGUUUUAUAUAUUCCUAGUAUGGGAUUUUGUUUCCUUGUCGCCCAAGGAUGGCAUACUCUUUGUCUUGUUGCCAGAAAAUAUAAACCACUACUACAUUUUGCUCUUGUGAUACUUCUGUGCCUUAACUCUUCAAAGACGAUUUACAGAAACUUCGACUGGCAAACUGAUGAAUCCCUUUUCCAGUCUGGUCUCCAAGUUACAAACAACAAUGCAAAGCUUUAUAAUAACUUAGGUCACGUAAUGGAGUCAAAAGGGAAACAUCUACAAGCGCUUGAAUUGUUUUUAGAAGCUACAAAAGUCCAGCCUGACGAUUUGGGUUCUCAUUUAAAUGUCGGACGAGCGUACAACAGUCUCGGGAUGACAGAAAAAGCUGAGCAAGCAUUUUGGAUGGCGAAGAACCUUCUGCCCAAGAAGCGUCCAGGAGAGAGAUAUCAAGCACAUAUUGUUCCCCGACAUAUGGAUCUGUUCCUUAAUUUGGGAAAUCUUCUCUCCAGAAAUCAUUCCAGGCUCGAAGAAGCCCAAGAGUUGUACCGGGAAGCCAUCAGUAUGAAAACUGACUAUGUAGAUGCCUACAUACAAAGAGCAAGCGUCCUUCUGAAGUUAAACAGAUCUGAAGAGGCCUAUAAUAUGUAUAAAGAAGCACUGAAGCACGACCGUAUGAAUCCGGAUAUAUUCUAUAAUAUCGGAGUGUUGCUUUUAGAACAAGGAAAAUCACUGCAAGCAUUGGCUCGGUUUGAUCAAGCUCUGAAGCUGGAUCCAGAACACGAAAAAUCACUUUUGAAUUAUGCCAUUUUAACUCAAGAUUCUGGAGACUCAAGCCUAAGACGAUUAGCUCACGAACGCUUGCAGGUGUUACUGGAAAAAGGGCGACAACCUGAAAGGACGUAUUUUAAUAUGGGGAUGCUGGCCAUGCAGGACAGAGACACAGUUCGAGCGGAGAACUACUUCAGAAAGGCAUUAGAGUUGAGAGGAGAUUUUGAUGCGGCCCUCUUCAACCUAGCUCUCGUCUUGUAUGAGAAAGAGCGCCCCCUGGAAGCCGUGCCUUACUUGAAGAGAUUGAAGGGGAGUCAUCUGAAAGGGCUUGUCUUGCUGGGAAACAUCUACUUCAAUGAUCUCAAUAACUAUACAGCUGCACAGCAGUGCUAUGAGCUAAUCUUAAAACAAGAUCCGAACCACAUCCCAGCAAUGCACAACUUGUGCGCCGCCCUCUUCCAGAUGGGCCAACUGGAAUCUGCGGAGUCCUGCUUGCUACGAGCUGCAGCCCUAGCUCCUGGGGAGCGGUAUAUCGACCAGCACCUAAAACUGGUCAGGCAGCACCGCAAGAAAUCUCUCCCGAAGUUUCUUUUUGAGAAGCCGAAUUCCGAACCAGGUUACUGCUCCGGUUCCAACAGCAACUGUAACAGAGAAGGAACCGACCAGAACUCAUUCUCGAAGAAUGGUAAUGCACCAGAAGAACAAAUUAGAUUGUGAUACUUGUUGAAUAGUUGUGGAAACAAAAUGUAUUUCUAUCGUGCACAAAGAAGAUAAAAUGUUUGUAUGUGAGUUAUUGUUUUUAUACUAAAAAAAGAAAAGAAGAAGAAAGUAUAGAAAUGUAAAUUUGGAAUAAAGGUAUGUUUGUUAAAUGAGCAUUUU